UUUUCAGGCCAAGUCCUUCUGCUGGCUUCUCCCAGCCUGGCUGGCAGGUUUAAUACCCAGCGUGCACACGCAGAAGCAAGCUGCAGCUAUCACUGAGGGUCUGUAGACUUACAGAAGGCUCGGAAGCAUGGAAAGCCUCUGUGCAGCCAACAGCACUUUUGCUGUGGAGCUGUUAAGAAUGCUGUGUGAGAAGAAAAGUGGGCAGAAUGUGUUCUUUUCACCAUUUAGUAUUUCUUCUGCUUUGUCUAUGGUUUUGCUGGGUUCAAGAGGUAGCACUGAAGCCCAGAUAAGCAAGGUGCUUUCUCUGAAGAGCGCCCAGGAUGCUCACAAUGGGUAUCAAUCCCUUCUCUCUGAAAUUAAUGAUCCAAAGAGCAAAUACAUCCUGAGAACUGCAAACCGGCUCUAUGGAGAAAAGACCUUUGAGUUUCUUCCUUCAUUUAUAGAGUCCAGUCAGAAAUCCUACCAUGCUGGCCUGGAACAGAAGGACUUCGUGCAUGCUUGGGAGGAUGCUAGGAAACAAAUAAAUGGCUGGGUAGAGAAAAGGACUGAAGGUAAAAUUCAGAACCUGUUGGCAGAGGGAAUUCUGAAUUCUCUGACCAGGCUUGUGUUGGUGAAUGCCAUCUAUUUCAAAGGCAAUUGGGAAGAGCAGUUCAACAAACAGAGCACCAGAGAGAGGCCGCACUGGCUGGAAAGAGGCUCAGAGGAAAGGCUUGAAAGGGAACUUACAUAUGAGAAACUGAUGGAUUGGAUCAGUCCUAAAAUGAUGAGGUCUACAGAAGUGAGGGUGUCUUUACCCAGAUUUAAACUGGAAGAAAAUUAUGAUCUGAAACCACUUCUGAGCAGCAUGGGAAUGCCUGAUGCAUUUGAGUUGGGCAAGGCAGACUUCUCAGGAAUCUCACCUGGCAACCAGCUGGUGCUCUCUGAAGUGGUUCACAAAUCAUUUGUGGAAGUCAAUGAAGAAGGCACUGAAGCAGCUGCUGCCACAGCUGCAGUGAUGGUGUUGUGCUGUGCUAUGAUUGUUCCGGAAUUCACUGCUGAUCAUCCUUUCCUCUUCUUCAUCCGGCACAACAAAACUUCCAGCCUUUUGUUCUGUGGCAGAUUUUGCUGUCCCUAAGGAGGAGAUGUCUUGGCUGCAUAGGUACCAUCACACAAUAAAUUUGUAUUUCCCUAGAAGCAGAUGAUUCCUUUUGCACUAAUUGUCUCAGCUGUGCCUGCACCCUCUUCUCUGAUUUUGAUCUUGGGCUUGGCAGGAAUAAGAGAGCUGCUUAGACAAACAGAGCUCCUGCCAUGUCCAACCCCUCCUGUGCCUGUGUGCAGAGGUCUCCAGGUUCUGGCUGACACAAGAACCAUGCCACUUGCUCUCUCAAACACUUCUUCUGUGCUUGACUUCUCUUUUGGUGUCCAGCAGGCAGUCAGGCAGUGAGAUCCCGUGGGAGAGUGUUGUAUUGUGCUUUUUGUUUUAUUAGUAGGUCUAUGGUUUGAUUUGUGAUUUUGUGGUUUUCCUUGGUGCUGUUUUCCUUUUGUCUCCGCCUUUUCGCAGUCAUGUUGUCAGCUAGUUUCUAGUUUCUAUUUCUCCAAACUUUAUCCAUUUACUGAAACUGUUUUUUCUUUCUUGGAAGUUUAUUGGUUCACUACUGUUAUUCCCCGCCUAGGUUUUUACUCCCAACUCUCCUGAUUUGUUUAAAGUUCGGUCUUCCCCGAACAUUCCCCUGAGAUACAAGUCUUUGUUCGCCCCUUGAUCGGGGCCCAGGAGGAAGAAAGGGGAAAUUUGCCAUCAAAUAAAGUUUCCC